UGGCAGGUAUGGAGGUGUGUGUGCCGCGGCUGCGACCCACGGUGGGUGUGGUGCUAGCACUGCCCUACGCUCUCAUGAUGAUCUUCCUCGCCCUCCUCGCCUACUUCGUCAGAGACUGGCGCACCCUCCAUGCUGCUGCCACCUUCCCUUUGUUGCUCCUCUUCAUCCCUGUUCUCUAUUUGGUGGACGAGUCGCCCAGGUGGUUGCUGGUGCACGGUCGUGUGCACGAGACAGUGAAGGUGCUACAACGAGGGGCGCGCCUUAACAAGGUGAUGCUGCCUGAAACCACCAUACUCACUGCCAUCAUAUCUCCCACCAGUGAGGUGAGUCUUUAUCAUCUCUCACAGCAGUGAGGCUAGUCUCUAUCAUCUCUCCCACCAGUGAGGUGAGUCUCUAUCAUGUCUCACACCAGUCAGGUGAGUCUAUCAUCUCUCCACUAUCAUAAAUCCACUAGACUUUGAGAAACCCAUUGGCAACAUGCCCAUGCACUCAGCCCCAGGCCCACACUCGUGGAACACUGUGUUCAUUAAGAACGGCAAGAAACCCCUUUCGCAUGCCCUAAGUAUGCUAUGGAAAAGGAGCAUAGACAUGGGUGAAAUUCCACAUAACUAAAAACAACGGAUAUAACCCCACUCCAUAAAGGUUGCAGCAAAGCAUUAGCUAAGAACUAUAGACUAAUAGCCCUAAACUCCCACAUCAUAAAAGUCUUUGAAAGAGUACUAAGAAGCAUGACCGGAAACCACUUGACUUCCCCAAACCUGCACAAUCCAGGGCAACAUGGGUUCAGAGCAGGUCGCUCGUGCCUCUUACAACUACUGGAUCACUAUGAUAUGGUCUUGGAUGUACUGGAAGACAAACAGAAUGCAGAUGUAAUAUACACCAACUUUGCAAAAGCCUUUAACAAGUGCGAUCAUGGUGUAAUAGCGCACAAAAUGCGUGUUAAAGGGAUAACUGGGGUAGUGGGGAGAUGGAUGUUCAAUGAAGACAAAUUCGAACUACUCCGUUAUGGAAAACUGGAGGAGAUAAUAAUUAGAACUGAGUAUACUACUGAGUAUACUACAAACUCUGUUAUCAUAUAAUACAUAGGAAAAGCAAUGUGAGGGAUCUGGAAGU